CGGCGAUUUGGCCCUGACGCCGUGCUUGUUUCUGCCGGGCGGUGUGCCUAAAUGUGACAAUACCAUACCAUCAUUACAGCCGAGGUCGCAUCUCAUAUGCCAGCCUCUCCGUCACCGUCUCUUCAUCUUCAUCUUCCCUACAAAACAACAUCGCAGAACUUCUCUCCAACUGGCAUUAUGGCUGACGACAAGUCCACAAAUCCAUCUAUUCCGGCAUGGCAACAAGCAAACAACACGGAAUCCACUCCCUCCGCCUCGGAAGCGCCAUCGCAGACCUCCGAUGAUAACGAUACGACCUCCCGAUCAACUCUCCUGGAGCAAGCAGCCAAAUUUCUAGAGGAUGAUUCGAUCAAGAACGAGGCUACCGGACGCAAGAUAGCUUUCUUGGAGUCAAAGGGACUGCAGGGAGACGAGAUCGAAAGCCUUCUUGGAGUCUCGCGAAAUGCUGAAGCCAGCGGCAGCAGCGAUACCACGUCUACAUCCGACUCUAAUGAUGCUACGAACAACUCAAAUAAGAAUGAGAAGUCAUCAGAUGCAGCCGACAAUGUAUCUGUAUCAUCAGCGUCGCAGGAAUCUCAAGUCCUAACUCCCUCCACCUCUUCGCCGCCGUCCCCAGCACCAUCAUCGUCGCCAUCAACAACCCAAAGCUCACCACGCGAUGUGCCGCCAAUCAUCACCUAUCCUGAAUUCCUCACUAAGCAACCCAAGCCACCACCGCUUGUGUCAGUCAACAGCAUCUUUUACACUCUCUACGGCGCUCUGGGCCUAGGGGCUAGCAUGUACGGUGCCAGCGAAUACCUCGUGAAACCGAUGAUUGCCAACCUAACGAGCGCACGCCACGACUUCGCCCAAAACACAAAACAGAACCUGCGCAAGUUAAACGAGAAACUCGAGCAGAACGUCUCCGUCAUUCCUCCCGAGCUCGCCAUCCGUGCAGGUAGGGGUUCAGAAGACUUUGAUCGCGACGAUGACUUGGACUCUAUCACUUCGGACCCGGCCGAGCUCUUCCACCGGGAUAUCGGCACGCAAACAGCCCCUCAAGACAUCGCACCCCCUGUUUCGGAAGACAAGCCAGCGGAGGAGAAACCCAGUCCCAACACGGCGGUGACCAACCACAUCAGCCAUCUCGAGAACAUCAACUCCCAAUUGCGCGAGGUCGCCAGCACAGAGGACGAAUCAACCACCCAGGACGACAACCUGCGCAGCAGUCUCAGAGACAUGCACUACUACUUGGACAGCUUGAUCUACAGUAGCCCCAGCUACACCACGGGAUACGGCUCAUGGAGCUCGACCGGCGAUUCGUCUAAUGGUGCAGCGGGAGUUGCUAAGAGCGAGGAAGAUGCGAUUUCUGGCUUUAGGUCAGAGAUUCGAGGCGUCAAGGGUGCUUUGUUGAGUGCGAAGAAUUUCCCUACUAGCCGGGGGAGAGUGGGAAGUGGUAUUCCGAUUAGUCGGUAGUUGCACGGUGGUUUCAGU